UGGACAUUGGACAUGUUAUUUUACUGUCAUGCAGUGUGAAACAUAAAUAAAGCGUAUUAGUUUUCUAUAAAUCAUGACUUAAUACUCAGGCCUAAAUUGUUAAAAUGAAAUAAUACUUUUAAAAACGCAACUGCCACUUAUAUAUUUCUUUUUAAUUAAUGACAUUAUGGAUGGUUUAAUUCACGCGGCAUUGGAAGCAGAGGUUAUACUUAAUCGGGUGAAACAUGCAAAUGCGAACUUAACACAAUUUGACAGUGGUGUCCCAGACCAUAAAAUGACUUGGACCCAUGAAAAAAUACACUUAGCAGAAACAGUGGAUGACAGCAGGAUGAAGUUUCAAAGGAAUUCAACAACUUUAUCUACCAGUAAAAGCUCAGAAAAAUUUGAUUUAUUUAAAAAACUUCAUGAGUUGUUUAAUGAGUUAAGUAGAGAUGAAGCGUCACAAAUAAAUUAUCAAGGACUUAAAACCACAUCAUAUUUAUUAGAGAAGUUAUUAGCAACAUAUAACCUCAAUACUUUAAUAAUUAAUUUAUAUCCUGGCAAUAAAGGAUAUUCAUUAUCUUUAAAAGUUAAUGGCAAUACACAAUAUAUACAGCCACCCGAAGCAAAUAUAUCAAAUCAAGAGGAGACAUUAAUAGAGACACCUCGGUGGCCAUAUGAAGAGGAAGAACUGCUAAGUUAUAUUGAUAAUGAGGAAUUACCAGUUGUUCUACUUGAUCUGUUGGAAUCGGAACACUCUUCACUUUUCUAUUCGGGUUGUAUCAUAGCCCAAAUACGAGACUAUCGACAGGCAUAUCCCAGUUUUCUAUGUGAUACUCAUCAUGUUUUACUAAGGCCAACUAAUCAGAGUAUAAUCACAGAUGCCAUGUGUAUCGGUGGCAAGUGUGGAUGGUCGGGUGAGGAGCGGGGAGCCCUGGAGGCUGUGGAGGCUGCAUUAGUGCAUGCAUCAGCCCCACCACUCUGUCUAGAUCCCCGGCCUGCAGUGGGUCUGCUAGCAGCUAGGUUACAUGCCGCCCCUAGACUCUUUAAUACGCCUAGGAUACGGCGGCAAGCACGACGGUUUUCUCAGGUGGCAGUUAAUAGAAAAAGAAAAUUAGAUCAAUUCACACACUACCAUGGUUUAGAGUUAUUGGAAUUAAUACAUAGGCAAAGAGCUAAGAACAGACAAACGGUACCUCUUACUAGACUCACAUCUAAAUAUCCUAAGAAACCACCCGAGGUCUUCAAACCAAUAGAACCACCAAAAAUGGAUCCUGUACCAUUAAUUUUGCCAUCGGAAGCGACCGCUCCGUUGCGGUUAGCGCGCGCUUACGAACGGCCGCGACCUACGUCAGAUUGUCAACCGCAGCUCGUAGAGGAGUACAUCCUCGAGACUGAGAAGACUUCGCCCCACGCUAGCGCUGGCUUCUUCCAUAUAAAGCUGUCAAUACUACAAAGGCCAUCUGAUCAGGAGUUUCUCGGAGAGCUUUAUGUUGACAGAGAUCAUGUUGAAGGUGAAAGAAAUGGAUCAGCGUGUCGGUUUACAUUAGGAUCAAGACUUCAAGCCAAUAAGUACAUACAACAGUUUACGGAGAUUUUUACAGAAGAAGGUCGUAAAUCAGUCAGGAUAAAGCACAUAGUACCGGGACAGUUGCCAAGAGUAUCCUUCACUGGUAGCAUGAGAGAAAUGGGACAGCAACUAUUGUUACAACAAAGGUCAGCGGCUGCUAACAAUUCCACAAUUCAAACGCAUGCAACAACCGUCCCUGUUGUGACGUCCGCAGUAGCGCCCACGCCCAACGCCCACGCAAAUGUUAGACAGCUGCCCAUUCUGCAGGCUCAACUACAACAAGUGGGUAACGUCGGCGGCGUCGCAACUGUGGGCACUGUGGUGGGCAACGUCGCGACCGUGGGCAACGUGACCGCCGUGGGCAGCGUGCCUGCGGGCACCGUGGGCAAUGUAAACGUGGGCAACGUGGGCAACGUAGCCGCAGCUGCUGUGGUCGCUAACGAAGUGACGCUCAAGCAGCAACCUUCGCCGACUACACCUCGCCUAUCUCCACAGGUGCAUGAUAUCCACUCGUCGCAAGCGUCAACAAAUCAGUUACUGGCGCAACAGUUGACCAAUCCGCCCCAACCUCUUAACCCUCAGAAGAUGCAGUCCGCCAUCAUACAUAUACAGCAUCCGCUCAUGUCUUCUGCUGGGACAUCGCAGGUACAGAAUAUUCAAUAUACGAAUACAUCGACUACACAGCAGAAGGCGACUGCGAGUAAGCCGCGAACAACGAACCCCGCCAUCAGCGCACUUGUCACUAGUCUUAUGAAUUCAGCUCAACAGUUCCAACAAGCGGCAAGUCAAAACGCAGCUAAAGCUGUGGUGAGCACAGCAAAUAGCAAUGCAACGAUACUGAACCUGCUGAACAGUGCGCCGGCGGCCAUGACGCACGGGACGCAGGGCGCGCAAAUGACGCAUACCGCCCACACCGCGCCUACAGAAGGCGCCAUCGACGCCCACAAGCUGCUCGGCCGCACUGUCUCAAUAUCUGGUGCUCGCCUCAUAGCUACCACCACGGCCUCCCACUCCAUACCUACAUAUACUCAACAGGUUAUGAGUGGGUACACUUGUGACAGUGAGUCGACGAACGUGUCUAGUAGUGAGAGUGCGUUGUUAGAGAGGCUAAUGGGCCCCGAACCCACGCCCGCGACACAAGCGCAACCUGUAUGCCAUUUACAGGGUUUGAGUUUAACGUCGCUGCAAGGUUUGCAAGGUAUCCAAGGGUUGCAGAACGUACAGGUUCAAAUCCCGGGCCUACCAGCGCCUAUUUCUUUGUCAUUAAACGUGUCUGGUGCACCCAGCGGACUGCUAGUAUCGGUUCCGCCCACCACUUCUGUGGUACUCACCAACCAACCCUCCGUACUCUCUUUACCUAUAGCACAAUUAAUGUCAGCGGGGGGCGUGAAGGGCGCGGUGCGGGGUGGCGCGGUGCAGGUGGUGCGGGGCGCGCGGGGGACGCGGCUGACCCGCCCUGCCCAGCCCGGGCAGCCCGCCCCCGCACCAUCACCCGGACCGCCUGCGCUCACACCUACCAGACCGCCGCAACCCACACCAGGCACUACACAGUUUAUAACACAAACACAGACCCAAGCAUUGAACCCGCAUCAAGUGAGACGGAAAUCGAACCCGGACAGUUCAUAGUAAAUACUUUAAUAAAAGCUCACUGCCGAACUAUUAGAAUAAAGUGUAAAUAUGUGCAGAUAUUAGUUAAAUUAUUUUAUAAUAAAAUAGAACAAAACGAUAAGCAAUUGUGUUGGUGAGACUAAUUUACGCAUGUGAAGUGAUUUGAAAUGUACUGAACAUUAAGAACUAAAUAGACUAUACGAUUUGUAUCAAAAUCAGGUAUAUAUGUGCACGAAAAUAAGUAAAUUGUAAGAAUUCAAAGUGAUCCUUAUGUUUUUAACAAUAGGUGUUAAUAUUGCUUCUCCGAUAUCUUACUUCUUUUUAACUCUCUUGCCUUUGUUGCGCUGGAAUAAAGCUUUCUGAUUAUUAAAGGUAUAACGACUGUUAUGCUAUAAUUAGAUUAUAAAGUACAAGGAAGUUCCUAGCACGAUUUUUAAUACUUUCGCGUUUUUGGGUGUCCUACUUAUAUAACAGCUGAACCUUGAUUUAAAACUCUUUUUUUUCUGUUUCAUUCCCCUGUAAAAAUAAACACAUGGGGGAGGUAGAAAACAUCUCUCUGAUAACUCAACGUUAAUUGUUUAUGUCUUUUUACGAUAAAAUACUAAGACACUAUGGAUUCUUACAUUUGCCCAAAAACUUGGAUAUGAAUCUAAAAUGUCGACAUUACACUAUAAAUGUCAAAUGUUACCAUUAGUUGCUCUUUUAAAUAUAUU